UUUUUUUUUUCGUCGAAGCAUUACAAUCCCUAUAUUCCUUGAUAACUUUCAUAGGAUUUCGACCGUUAACACCUUAAUUCGUAAAUUUUCCUUCAUUUUCUAUCUGGGCUUCCAACUUUCCUGCAAAAUUUCUCGCAUUUUCCAAUUUGGGUCUCUCUCAGAAUGGGCAAAAACCAAGCUUACAAGUCCAUGCAGCGAGCUCGCCUCGGCUCCAGCUCAGCUGCGCCGGAAGAGAUCGAGGACGGCAUGGUGGAUGGGUCUUUUCAUUCACCAGAGUGGCAUGCUGCUCGUUUGGCCAGUCUUAAAACUUCUCAUACAAUUACCUGGGAAGAAUUCAAAAAGAAGCAAAAGGAAGAUGAAAUAAGAAAGGGUGAACUAGAAGCAGAUACUGAUAGAAUGAUGCGACAGUACAGAGCUCAAUUAGAUGCUGAAAGGGCCCACAAGCUGGCCCAUGGAAGAAACCAUUCUAGCGGUAAAUCUAGUCAUAAAAAGGAUAGGAAGGAUAGAGAUUUGAAAAAACACAGCAGCAAAAGGAGAAAGCAUUCAAGACGGAGAUCUUCUGAGUCAGGUUGUUCAAGUUCACCGUCGGAUUCAUCUAGUGAUGAUGAGGAAAGAGAAUCAAGUAGAUCAAAGUCCAGGUCCAAGAGAUCAAAGAAAGAAAAGAAGCGCAAAUCAAGAACCAAGCACUCCAGCAGUGAUGAUGAAGAAGCUGGCGGUCCUGUACCACUUUCAAGAUUCUUUGGAAGUCUGAAGAGUUGACAGCAUGAUUUUUCAAAGAUGGUUAUGUACUUCAUACAACUUCCUUUCUACAGAAGAUGAAUGGGUUCUUUCAUUGAGUUGCCUAGUGAAUUUGAGAAUAAUUGUUCCUCCACCAUCCAGUGUUGAUGUUAAAACUAUAUGCAUCUAGUUUUUAGUAUCAAAUUUGAAUACUUAAAUAAUAUGUCAUCAUUUGAUUGAGUGAUUUUCAAUUAAGAAUAAAAUAAUAUUAAAUCAUGCAAUGA